AUGGCAAGCCUUCACCCCUUUGACCCUAUUACCCCUGGGGAAAUCCAGCUGGCUGUUCGGAUCUUGGAAUCCAACUUCCCGGGGGUCAAGUUGCGGUAUAAGCGUAUUGAUCUGCAAGAGCCUAUCAAACAGGAGACCAUUCCCUACCUCGAGGCCGAAAGAUUGGGCAAGCCUCGCCCGAAGAAGCCCACUCGCUUACUGUCGGCCUUGUUCCAUCGCCUGGACAAUGGAUCUUUUUUCAAGGCUCUUCUCAAUGCCGAUACCAAGUCCGCUGUCACCAUCAAGGAACUUCCAAAGGAUGUUCAGGGCCCUGUCGAUAUUGAUGAGAUGAUUGAGCUGGAGCAGGUCUGCUUGGACCACCCCGCCGUCAAGGCAGAGAUCGAGAAGCUGAAGCUUCCCGCCGGCAUGACCGUGUGCCUCGAUCCCUGGAUUUACGGCACUGACGAUGCCAGCGAGUCGCGGCGUCUGGUGCAAUGCUAUAUGUAUAUUGUGGCUACGGACCACCCGCAGAACAAUCAGUACUCGCUCCCUUGCCAGUUCUCUCCCGUGUUCAACGCCAUUACCCAUGAGUUGCUUCGCAUGGACUACCUGCCCGGCGGGGCUGAUGCUCAGACAAACAGCACCCAGCCAUGGAAGCCGGUCCCUACGGUUCAAUACGCUCAUGAGCUGCUUGAUGAACCGCUUCGCACUGAUUUGAAGCCGUAUAUCGUGCAGCAGCCCGAGGGUGCCUCAUUCAAUGUCAUCGGAAACGCAGUCUCAUGGCAGAAGUGGCGAUUCCGUGUUGGCUUCAAUAAUCGGGAAGGCCUGGUCUUGCACAACCUUACCUAUGAUGGACGUAAUACAUUCUACCGACUAUCUAUGUCCGAAAUGACUGUUCCAUAUGGCGACCCACGGGCUCCCUAUCACCGGAAGCAAGCAUUUGACGUUGGCGAUGUUGGCUUUGGUAUUACAGCCAACCAGCUGUCGCUCGGCUGUGACUGCCUGGGCCAUAUCAAAUAUUUCGAUGGUUACCGAACCGAUGCCCAAGGUACCCCCAUCCGGUUACAGAACGUUAUCUGUAUGCACGAGCAAGACAACGGUCUCCAGCAUAAGCACACCAAUUACCGCAGCGGGGCGGCCACAGUCGUCCGGAACAGACAGUUGGUGAUCCAAAUGAUCUGUACGGUUGCCAAUUACGAAUAUAUCUUUGCCUUCAUUCUUGAUCAAGCUGCCAAUAUCGAGCUCGAGGUCCGCGCGACCGGUAUUCUGUCGACGGUGCCCUUCGACAACCAGAAUGGGCAGACCGUGCCUUGGGGAACAAAUGUCGGCCCAGGCGUGAUGGCUCCAAAUCAUCAACACCUGUUUUCUCUUCGCAUUGACCCUGCCCUGGACGGGUUCAAGAAUACUGUCUAUUACGAAGAUAGCGUCGCCAUGCCAGAGGAUGACAACAACCCAUAUCAUGUCGGAUAUGUCACCGAAAAGACCGUCUUGAAGGAAAGCGGCAGUGCGUUCACGAGCGUGGAUCGACACCGCGUUUUCAAGAUUCGGAACGACAAUAUUAUCAACUCAAUCACCCACCACCCCAUCGCCUAUAAGUUGCAAGCAAUGCCCAGCCAAAUGCUCCUGGCUAGCCCGAAGUCAUUCGGUACCAAGCGUGCGCAGUUUGCCACCCGCCCGAUCUGGGUGACCAAAUACCAGGAUGACGAGUUGUACGCAGCAGGCGAGUUUACCAACCAAAGCAAGAAGUCGGAUGGUGUCGAGGUGUGGGCCGAUCGAAAGGAUAAGGUCGAGGACGAAGAUAUCGUCCUCUGGCACAGUAAGUUGCCUCCUACGUCGCCUGUUACUCGUGAAAGGAAGGUUGCUAACAACACCGCAGCUUUCGGACUUACGCACAACCCUCGUAUUGAAGAUUUCCCGGUCAUGCCUGUGGAGCGCAUUAGCGUCAUGCUCAAGCCGGAUGGAUUCUUCACCAAGAACCCUGCGCUAGACGUCCCGCAGUCGUCGCAGUCCUUCAACCAGUCUAUUCAGCACCCAGAACCGGCAGCAUGUUGCGAGCCCCAGGACCGGAACCAGGUGAAGCUAUAA